AUGACUAUUGAACGUAAAGUCAAACCAGGUGGUCCAUUCACUUGGACUCAAAUCCAACAAAUUGUGAAAUCAAAUAACCUUGAAAUGUUUGCUAGAAGCGAAGAUCAAUUCCGCAAGUAUUCCAAAUUCAAAAAUGACCUCUCAUCAAAUGGUAUCACCAUAAAUGACCACGUAUUGAAGGAAGAACUAGAGUGGAAGCAAAGUGAUAUUCGGAGCCAAACUGCAACCACACCACCACAAGAGUAUUCUACAUCAAAUCCCCAGGACCUCAUUUUUUACAAUCCUGAUGAUAUCAAGAUUAUUUACAACAAGUUUCCAUACUAUUUUGAAGAGUCGGUGGUGCAUUUGUGCGUGUGGUCGAAAUUGACUAUACCAAACGAUAUCAACUCGCCCGCUGGUGAUAUCUCCCCCUUAACGAAACGCAUUAUUGAACGCUAUUUGCAAAAGACAUUUCUUGAAAAGGGCAUAUCGAAGCAAGAUAUGGUGUGGUUUAGAAAUUGGUCAAGUUUGCAAAGUGUCCGCAGCGUCAGUCAUAUUCAUGUUCUUUUGCACAAUGUUGAUGAUGGUAUUUUACAGAAACUUCUCAAGUCGCCGGGUAAUACCUUAACCAUAGAAGAUUAUAGAACNUGA